AUGAAGUUCAAAAUAGACAAAGGUCUGUUGCCAGUGAAGAUACAUUUCUUCUUUUUCUUCGCAGCACUAGGACCUCUUCUUCCCCAAAUGAACGUGUUCGGCAGACAACUGGGAGUGUCUCCAGCUGUCAUGGGAAUGGUUACAGCUGUUCUGCCUCUACUAUGGGCAGCUGCAAAACCAUUAUUUGGUUACGUGGUCGACUUUUGGCCGAGACAAAGGAAGCUUGUAUUCAUGCUAUUAAUUCUAGUGAUGACGGGAUCUUAUUGCGGUUUGUGGUUUUUGCCAAUGCCAGAGGAACCCCAGGCAAAAUUUCCAUUAUUGGAGUCAGUGUACCAUCUCAAUGAUACAGUUUACUUGAAGCAUUACGAAAGGAAAGACGGUUUAUUGGAGAAAUAUUCUUGCCACUGGAACUGCUCUGAUGAUGAAGAUUUCAAAUUAUAUCUAUCCAACGCUACGUUCAUCAACACGGUCUAUACGGACGACGGAAAUAUAUCCUGCUCGCUCUUUCACAUGACGUUGGAUGAAGUUAGAGAGGGAGAGACGAUUUGCAUACCGAAAGGUGAUUGCAAUUUGAUAUGUUACGAGGAUGUCAUAGAGAAUAGGAGUAAAAGAGACGUGAAUAGUUCAGGUGUUGAUGGUGUGGGUGUGUUAGAAGAGGAUAGAAGAUAUAAAGAUGAGGGUAGUUUUUAUUCGUCGGCCAAGUUUUGGGCAUUCGUAGUUCUGAUGUGCUUGGGAACAGUCGCGUUUAAUGUGGCCAACUGUAUAGGUGAUGCUGUCUGCUUUGAUGUUUUGGGUCCCGAAAGAGGGUCAAAGUAUGGGGCACAACGAGCUUGGGGUACCGCGGGGUAUGGGGUAACAGCGUUACUCGGAGGCUGGCUAAUAGACAUCGUAUCAGGGACAUACAAGGAUUUCACCCCGGCGUUCCUCAUAGCCAUAAUAGCUACAGCGAUAGAUUUAACAGCCUGUAGGAAACUGAAUCUGCCAUCGCUAUCAAGUCCAGAUGAUUCGGGGAAGGCUCUUCGCGAGGUUUUGAAGAUACCACGCGUGCUUUUGUUCAUAACGUUUGCGGUGGUCGCCGGCACUUUUGACAGUUUCAUCAUAUAUUAUAUGUUCUGGUUUUUAGAGGAGCUGGCGGAGCAGACGGACUCAAUGGCGAAGAUUAAGCUGAUAGAGGGCGUUGUUGUCGCAGCACAGAGCUUUAUAGGGGAGCUAGUGUUUUUCUACUUCUCUGGUAAAAUAAUCAAACGCUGGGGCUACGGAGUGACGAUGACCGUGUCUCUGUUCUGCUACAGCGUGAGGAUGGCGCUCAUCUCCGUCAUACAGCAUCCCUGGCACCUCGUGUUCAUUGAGGGUAUAAUGCAAGGUCCUACAUACGCGUUGUGUUACUCCACCAUAGUGGGGUACGCGGCGUCCGUAGCGCCCGAGGGGUACUCCGCGACCGUGCAGGGAAUAGUGGCCGGCAUGGAUGAUGGAGUUGGUUUCGCAUUGGGUUCGCUGGUGGGCGGGCUGCUGUACAGUUGGUGUGGCGGGCGAGGCUCCUUCCGCGGCCUCGCAGCAUUGGCCCUAGUCUCGUCUGUACUACACGCGGGGCUGUUCAGCGUCGUUACAAAAAGAGAUGAUAAAAAUAAGCGGGUGUUGCCUGAAGGAGAGAAAAUGUUGGACAACGCCAUCUACCGGGAGACUGUUGUACCUCUAACAGAUAAACAGACUGAACAAUUAUAA